AUGCGUGUGGGCUUUGCAUUCGCUUUGCUCGUUGGAGGAGUUCUCGCAGCUCCUGCGGACAAUACUCGCAAUGAAUCUGACCAAUUGCGCCUUACGCAGCCGAUUACGAACCAGGCCCAGUCCCAAGUCGCGACCGCGCAUGUUCAGCAUGGAGUCAAAGAAACCAACCAGACAAUCUACAAGUAUCUCUCUCAGCAGAUAGAGUUCACCAAGUUGGUCAAAAUUAUUGACUGGGAAAAGUCAUACAUCUCUGUUCUCAACUCUACAGAUGAUAAUAUCACAUUCUUUGCACCCAAUAACAAGGCCUUGACGCCUCCUAAACGUAGGCGCGACCAUCAACGAAGCAGUCUCUCCCUCGCCCAUAUCUAUGCUGAGCUAGAACGUCUCGAAGCCAAAGCCCAGAGACAUGAAGGAGGCGAUGACGAUGAUGACGAAGAGAAGAAGAAACGUUUCAAGAAGAUUGUUCAUGCACUUCUCAAGUAUCAUACGCUCCCAACCUCUCUCGACAAGCCGGCGUUGUACAGAAACGCCACAUAUGAAACUGCGCUCAAGGCCAAGGAUGGUUCGUUUGACGAUCAGCCAAGGAGAGUCACCGCGUCGAAUGAUCUCAUUGGACGACUUUUCAUCAAUUUCUGGGCCAAGGUCGAGUGGCUCUCUGUGUCUGCUGCCAAUGGAUACAUAUAUACGACCAAUCACCCACUCAUCCCACCACCCUCUAUCAUGGAUGAGCUGUUCCUUAUUGACGACUUCUCGACUUUGUCAUCUGCACUGCAAAAAGUAGGACUCGACGACGCUCUUCAAUGGCGUUGGAAAAAGUCGUCUCCGAGACCCAAGGUGACGGCCCAGUGGUCUCGUUGUUCGCGCCCAACAACUGGGCAUUCAAGCGGCUCCCAGCUCGUCUUCGCCUCUUGGCUUUUCUCCCCAGCCGGUGAAAAGGCACUCAAAAAACUCCUCCAGUUCCAUAUUGUACCCAACUAUAUCCUCCAUUCGGAUUGGGUACAUAAGGUCGAGGAUGAUGAUGAGUCAGCUUUCGAUAUCGACGGUCAGGACUGGUAUGAUGAAGUCAGAGCCAUUGUGACUGGCUCUCCUGACCCAACUACGCUCAUCAACCAGCUCCGAAAGCAAUUCUACAAAUGGUUCAAUCCCAUAUUCACCUCUCAUCCUACGAAGGAAAAGACUGUCAAGAAAUGUCGCCACCACGAGAAAAAGUAUAAACGCUCGCUGAUGCGUUUUGUCCCAGUCCCAUCAGCUUGGCCUCCUCAUCACUCUCCUCCAGACAUCACAGUCAAUAUCACCGUACCUACGCUGCUGGAUGAUCACUCAGUCCGAUUCGUGGUAGCCAAGCCAAAGAGGAACGAACACCACCCGGAGAGUUCGAUUGAUAAACACAACGAAAGCCAGAUGACCCCACCGCUUGCGAGGAGCUACGUCUUUGUCCAUGGAAAUCCAACUCUCGUUGAGGGCACCGCGCGCAACGGCGCAAUCUAUGCGCUUAGUCGCGUUCUUCAUCCGUUCAAGCAAGUGCAUCCAGAUGGAGAGGAUGUCUCCGAGGAGAAGAUGUGGGAAGGCUGGGAGGAUUGGCUACCUGCAUGGGGCAAUGCCUAA